GGGAUUACAUAGGUACCUACCUUAGGUAACCUAUGUAUGUAAGAUAGGCACGGUGUUAGUAUGUACUGUGCAGCACAUGCUCCGUUGGCCGGAGCCGCGCCCGCGAAAGACGGCAGUCCCGAUGGCUUAGGAAGCCGCAAAAGACGAAAAGCUUGGCGUUAUUGUACCAUUUCCGACUUCCCGUCAAAUUGAACGACGAUGACUCUUACUCGCGGAUAGAACAGUCCUUAUGAUAAUUGGAGAGCUUUGUUAUGAUAUAUUUGGAUCGAUAGACAAUAACUCAAGCAAGCGUGCGUGAAUUAAAGAAGCAAAAAAGGGCGAAGGACAAACGAGGAAGCUUGACCUAAAUAUCAACGAUGCCAGUCAACGGAGCGCCGCCCGAAACGGACGAAUUCUGGAUCUUCGGUUAUGGAAGCUUGAUAUGGAAACCCCCUCCGCACUAUGAUCGACGGGUACCCGGCUGGGUCACGGGCUAUGUCAGGCGGUUCUGGCAGGCAAGCCAAGACCAUCGCGGGACACCUGAAGCUCCCGGCCGCGUUGUCACUCUUAUCGAGAGGUCAUUCUGGGCAUCCCUCGUCGACGCGCAUGACUCGGCGCCCGAGAAGGUAUGGGGUACCGCGUACCGAAUCCAAGCAGACAAGGUAGCCGAGGUAAAGGAAUACCUCGACAUCCGGGAGAUCAACGGGUAUACGAUCCACUAUACGCCCUUCCACCCGGCGGACGGGUCGCUGUCCAUCCGCACUCUAGUCUACAUCGGCACCCCCGAUAAUGACCAGUUCACGGGACCGCAAGACCCGCAGGCACUCGCCGAGCACAUCUACGUCAGCGAAGGUCCCAGCGGUCUGAACAGGGACUACCUGUUGGGUCUGGAGAAGGCCCUUAACGAGCUAAGUCCGGAGAGUGGUGACGCCCACGUCACAGAUUUGUCGGAUCGCGUGCGCGAGAUUGACCGCAAGCGCCGCGAGGGCCAGUUACAGGUGGAAGGCUUGGAACGCCCCGUCUCGCACGAGUUUAGGAGAGUAAGCAGCGUAGACGAGCAGGAAGAGACAGAGAAGGCGUGAAUGAUAUCUUACAGGGGGGAAGAGGUGUUGUAAACAUUAGGCACCGAGAUAGAGAAUUGCGUUAGGUACUUAGGUCAUGAAGUUCAACAGGGAAA